AUGGAUAAUCAUGAUGAUCACGAUAAAAAUUCAGUUGAUUGUGAUGCUAACUUAACUUCACUUGAUUCGCCAAAAUCUUCUUUUCCAUUAAAAUCAAGACCAAUCACAAUCCCAUCGUCAAGAUCAUCCUCACCGCAUCGUUAUUCAUCAAAUACACAUAUCAUUAAUCCAAUAUCAAUCGAUUCCAACACUGAUUUAAUUAGCCCUGAAGAUAAUUUCUCUUUAAAUGACACAAAAAAAACAGAUUCUUCAUUUUAUCAAGAAUUAUCUAUUCAUGUUGAACAACCUGUUGGUAGCAUGUCUAUUUCACCAUCAAAUCGUGAUAUUGUAUUAGCAGCACGAAAAGGUCUUUUUAUUAUAGAUCUGGAAAAUCCGUAUGAACCUCCUCGUGAACUUCACCAUCUAACAAGAUGGGAGGUAGCUGAUGUACAAUGGAACCCACAUUUGGCACGUGAUACUUGGGUUGCAUCUACGUCAAAUCAAAAAGGACUUAUAUGGAACCUUGCGCGUCCAUCUUCAAGUGCAGUUGAAUAUAUUUUACACGGCCAUAACCGUGCAAUCAGUGAUAUUAACUGGAAUCCAUUUAACCCAGAUGGAUUAGCAACUUGUUCUGUUGACACUUUCAUUCAUUUAUGGGAUUUAAGAAGACCAAAAAAGCCUGUAAGAUCAUUUUGUGCUUGGACCGCCGGUGCAACUCAAGUAAAGUUCAAUGGAAAAAAUGAAUAUAUUCUAGCAUCAUCACAUGAUAGAGAUGUUAUGAUAUGGGACACAAGAUUUUGGAAUAUUGAUGAACCUGAAGUUUGCCAAGGUUCAAUUCAUACAAAUUCACCAGUUUGGCGAGCAAGACACACACCAGUUGGUCAUGGCAUUUUGACAAUGCCUCAACGUUCUGAGAAUAAAUUAUAUUUAUGGAAUCAAUGUAAACCAAAUGAACCUGUUCAUGUUUUUGAAGAUCACAAAGAUGUAGUCAAAGAAUUUGAUAAACAUCUGAGAUUAUGGCCCAUAACUAAUGAACAUUUGAAAUUAAUUGGCCAUGAAAAAGGCAAAUUAAAAUCUCCAUCGGAAAAAUUAUUAAAAACUGGUCAUUCCACAUUCACAUUUCGUCAUCCACCUUCAUUACUAAAUGGCCAAUCAACAUCUCCAACUUUAUCAGUAACUGCUAAUAUUUCAACUUUAAGAGUCAUCCCAGGAAAUCGUAUGAAUGCAACAACAAACAACACACUUCGACCUUCCGGUGCUUCUGCUGGUGGUGGAAACAUUCAACCAGACUAUCUUGGCGCUGCUGCUGGUAUGUGCCGUGUAGAACGUCGCUCGUUAUCACCUUUAUUAUGGAUGCAAAAUGUAAGGAUGGUUAAGCCAAGUAGUGGCGUUGGUAAGACAGAUGAAGAUACUCCACCAAAUAUGCAUGAAGAAAUCAAACUAGUUUCAAAAAAAUUCCUUAACGUUGAAUUUGAAAAGCUCAACCCACAAGGAAGGAGUUGUACCAUUAGUUUGCAUGGACCAUGGUCUGCCAGUGGUGUAGCUUUCAUUAGAAUUAAUAUAUCAUUUCCACCUCAAUAUCCUGAUAAAUUUCCUCCAAAUUUUAAUAUUCAAAGGACAGGAAUGAUAUCUAUAAUGAAUAGAACGCAUAUGUUGCAAAAUUUAAAUAGUAUUGCUUUAUCCCAUGUAUCUCAAAAAAGACCAUGUUUAGAGGCUUGCAUACGUUAUUUGCUUGGUGAGCAACCCAAGGAAGUGGCACAAGAUCGUUAUGGAAAAGAUGAUUCAGAUGAUGAAAAUUUAUUGAAUUCAACCAGAAGAUCUUAUGAUAAAAAUUUAGUUUAUAUUUUAGGUGAUAAAGAUGACAAUAAUAAUGUUCCUUUUCCAAUGUUAUGUGGAGCUCGAUUUUCUAUGAAUGGUCAACUUAUUUGCUUUUUUUCAAGUCUUAGAUCACCUGAUGCAAGCAAUCAAAUUACAUCAAUAACCUCAAGAAAUAAAAUAGAUUCUAGUAUGCGUUCCCGUUACACAUAUACACAUCCACGCUCUUUUGAUUCAUGGGAACAAUAUAAAAUAAUUUCACAACUUCCACGUCCGGUGACAAGUUUUGGACAAUAUAAUUAUGAUGCAUCUUAUGAAGACGAUGAAAAUAAAGACAAUUUAUUACCAAUUAAUUCAUUGUAUUUUAAAUCAAAGAAUGAUACAUUACAUAAUGCUCUAAAUUCAACAGAUCAUGUCACAUUAUUUGAAUCGACAAAAUUGGAUAAGUCUGGUCCUAUCACACAUAUUUAUGAUUUAUCAAAAUGUUUGCCUGUUAAUAUGAAAUUAGCGAAACAAUAUAUUACUUAUGGAAAUGAUCCUGCAGUAAUAUGUAAACAUAACGCUAAAGUUGCAGCAUGCAAUAAUCGGCCUGAUUUGGAACAAGUUUGGUUGCUUGCUGCUUUAAUUCUAACACAAGCAAUUCCCACUACAAAAUUUAUUAAAAAUUCAUUUAGUAGUAACGAUAAUAUGUCCUUGUUUACUGGAAUUCAUCACCAUUAUAAUAAAUAUUCAAAUAAUAAUAGUAAAAGAAGUGAAAUUGGCGGUGAUGGGUUUGAGUCAACAACAACGAUGAUGAUGAAUGAUGGAUUAUUUAGAAAAGUUAAUUGGGGAUUUCAUCCUUUGGGCAAUAAACUUGUCAAACAUUUGUUUGAUCAUUUUAAAAAGAUUGGCGAUAUUCAAACAUUGGCUAUGUUGUCUUGUGUAUUUGAUGAACCUUUUCCACCAAAAGUUAAAUCUUCUUGGUCAUUUGAACUUCAAUCCUGGAAUUCGCCUAAUUCAACAAAUGGAACAACAUCAACCAAUACAGAUUAUUUUAAUUAUCAUACUCGUUAUCCAGAUAAAUGUUCUCCGACAGGUUAUACUAAUCGAAACCCCAUUUAUUCUGGAAAUCAAUCAAUAUACGGUGAAUCAUAUAAUUCACAUAAAGGAUCUUGGGGAACUGUUCUACAAACAGGAAAUUCACCAAAACAACUUAAUUCAAGCACAACAGGUAUAUACGGACAUUCAGAAGGCUCAGGUGCAUAUAUUACAAUGCCUACACCAAACCACAAACCAAAUCAUCACCGAAGAUCUACUUUUGGUGGUCCAACCCGUGAUGGAAAUAUUUUCUCUUCUAGUUUAGGAGCAGUUACAGCAUCAUCACCUCCACGAACACCCAAAAAGGAUAGCCCAGCGAUAGGAGGUGGGGGAGGAUUUGCAGAUAAUUUUGGAUGGGGAGGAAUGGGAAGUGGUGUAAAUCAUGCCAACGAAAAGAAUUUAGAUAACGAACGUAAACCAAAUGAGAUUAAUAUAACUAUGAUGAAUUAUGAAGAAUUUGAUGAUGAAAGAAGACCAAUAUUCGUACCAUUAUUAGAUAAUGAUAGAAACACAAAAGAGAUACAUGACCAAUAUCGUUUGGCAUAUUCAGAAAUUUUAUAUCAUUGGGGACUUUAUGAAGAAAGAACUGAACUUUUAAAAUUUAUGAGUUUUGUAAAAACGAAUGUAGGAAGUCCAAUAGGAGAAAGGGAGGAACCAUUAGAAAUUGUUACACGUUGUUAUCUGUGUGAAGCAGAAUUAAAAUCUGGUACAAAAUGUACAAAAUGUCGUGUAAUUGGUAUUAGAUGUUCAAUCUGUCAUCUAGUCGUUAAAGGAUUAUCGAAUUUCUGUGUAAAAUGUUCACAUGGUGGGCAUACAAAUCAUCUUAAUGAAUGGUUUCUUGAUGGUAAUACGGAAUGUCCAACUGGAUGCGGGUGUAUUUGUUAUUUGCAAGAUG